AUGACGACAGCACUCAAGUCGAUCAAAUCGCUCGCCCCUCUCCUCGACCGUAUACUCGUUCAAAGAAUCAAGGCGGAGACCAAGACAGCCAGCGGCAUUUAUCUACCCGAGAGUAGCGUGAAGGAACUCAACGAGGCAAGAGUUCUAGCUGUCGGUCCUGGGGGUCUUGACAAGGAGGGCAAGAGAGUCACACCGAGUGUUACGCCAGGAGACAAGGUUCUGAUACCACAAUAUGGCGGCAGCCCAGUUAAGGUUGGAGAGGAGGAGUACUCGCUUUUCAGAGACCAUGAACUGCUCGCCAAGAUCAAUGAAUAA